AUAAUAUAAAAAGAUAAAAACUACCCACCAUAUUCGAUAAGAUUUUCGGAAAUAUUUAGUUCACAGAACAGGAAUUUGAAUAUUCGGACAACUGAUUUAGCCCGAAUUAUUAUAUCAUUUUUUUUUAUGAAUAAUAGAUUUAAUUAUACUAAAACAUAUACUAGCUCAAAAACAGGGCAAUGACAAUACAUUCUUAAUAACCAAUGACAAAAUAGUCUAGUAACCAUAUAAUGCUUCGUUCUAAAAAUAAAUCAAUAAUGUCAGACCUAGCUAGAGUUUCAUAAGUUAAACAGUGAUGACAGCAUAGUCUCCAAUUAGUGAUUUAAAACAUUUUAUUGGACGAUCUUAGCUGUAGCCGUAGGACGCACAUAGCCGAAAGACACUAGUGCGUGCGCACUAAAAUAUAUCACACUUAAUAUUCAACACUAAAAGCAAACUGAUGGUACACCAAAAGACGAAUACAGGAGAUAAACCUCAUCCGUGUGACAUAUGUGACAAGUCGUUCAGUGUAAGCAGCAAUUUGACGAAGCACCGUCGGACACACACUGGAGAGAAACUGUAUUCAUGCGAUGUUUGCGACCAAUCGUUUAGUCAAAGUGCAAUUUUGACGAAGCACCGUCGGACACACACUGGAGAUAAACCUCAUCCGUGUGACAUAUGUGACAAGUCGUUUAGUAUGAAUGACAUUUUGACAAAGCAUCGGUGGACGCACACUGGAAAGAAACUGUAUCCAUGCGAUGUUUGCGAUAAAUCGUUCAGUCAAAGUGGUCAUCUUUCGGCACAUCAGCGGACGCACACUGGAGAGAAGCCGUAUCCAUGUGACAUAUGUUACAGGUCGUUCAGUGUAAUUAACAGUUUGACGAAGCACCGGCGGACACACACUGGAGAGAAACCGUAUCCAUGCGACAUAUGUGACAGGUCGUACAGUAUGAAUGACAGUUUGACAAAACAUCAGUGGACGCACACUGGGGAGAAACUGUAUUCAUGCGAUGUUUGCGACAAAUCGUUUAGUCAAAGUGGUAAUCUUUCGGCACAUCAGUGGACGCACACUGGAGAGAAGCCGUAUCCAUGUGACAUAGGUGACAGGUCGCUCAGUGUGAAUGACAGUUUGAACAAGCACUAGUGGACGGCCACUGGACGCACACUUAAGCGAGACCUUACAUAAUAUACGAUGUUUGUGACAAAUUCAUACAUUCAAUUUGAAGCGGAAAUAUGUGCUAUAGUUUGGAUUUACGGGAGUUAAAUAAGGAUAUUGUGUGUUCGUA